CUUCUGUACCCAAAACACAUAAAGGAAAACAAAGAGGCACAGGGACAGGAUGUGACGUCACGACAGCCCCAGUCUCUAAUGGCUGACCAUCAACUGUCGGCGACCAUCAAACUUUUCCCCUCAUCAACAGAAGGAGCAGAGCUGCGGCUGACCUCUGGUUGCUGAUCCCGUCCUCCGCUCGUUUCUGUCUGAGGAUUACAGAUGUGGGAUUAGAAAUGGAUCCGAGAUUUGACAUCCCGCGGAGGGCCGCCGGCGGCAGCGGGGGCUCCGCGAACUCUUCCCCCGCCCUCGGAGCUCAGUCCCGCCGCAGGAAGAUGCCCCCCAGACCGGCGGAUUUCAAACUACAAAUUAUAAUCAUUGGCUCCCGUGGUGUGGGUAAAACGAGCCUCAUGGAGAGAUUCACGGACGAUACUUUCUGUGAAGCCUGCAAGUCAACCGUAGGAGUUGAUUUCAAAAUCAAGACGGUGGAGUUGAGAGGGAAGAAGAUCAGGCUGCAGAUCUGGGACACUGCUGGACAGGAGAGGUUCAACAGCAUCACCUCAGCUUACUACAGAGGCGCCAAGGGCAUCGUGCUGGUCUAUGACAUCACGAAGCAGGAGACCUUUGAGGACCUUCCUAAAUGGAUGAAAAUGAUUGACAAGUACGCCUCAGAGGAAGCAGAACUUCUGCUGGUUGGAAAUAAGCUGGACUGUGAGACGGAUCGGAUCAUCUCCAGACAGCAAGGAGAGAGGUUUGCCUCUCGUAUAAGUGGGAUGCGUUUCUGUGAAGCUAGUGCCAAGGAUAACUUCAAUGUGGAUGAGAUCUUCCUGAAGCUGGUGGAUGACAUUCUCAGUAAGAUGCCUCUUGAAGUUCCAAACAAGGAGCUUUCCAACAGCGUUCUGUCUCUGCAGCCUGAGCCGGAAGUACCACCAGAACUGCCCCCGCCCCGCAUGCGCUGUUGCUGAGUCCUUCCCAUCAUCCUUCUCCUGCAAAGCACAUUAGCCCCAGCGAGCAGUGGGGACGUGGCUCCACUGGGGGGCAGCACAGCAGCUCUGUGGAUGGAUGGGUGGCAGGCUGCUGUAAGCAAUGCAUGAACUGUCAAAGGAGCAGUAUUAUCUUCCUGUGUUUCUUCUCUGGGUUUGAACACAGAUAUGCAGCAUACACUAACCUUUAGGCCUGGAGAUUCUUUGUUUUCCGAGUACCACCUUACUGUCUACAUGUGACCCCGACUACCUCAUCGCAUUGAUGGUUAACCGAGCGGUGCCUGCAUGUGCCUUCCACGUAGAGAGCUCUCCAAGAAAAGUUGCACAUUUUCUAAGAGUGGGAAUAUCCUGAGGGCCUUAUAGUUCACUCUCUUCCUUCUAUCAAAGAUUUGUCUCUACAGCUUGUCCAAGUUAACCUGGAACUCUGAACAACAGAAAAAUAAAGAGUAGUUUACACUCUGGGUCCACACCGGAAUUACUUUAUAUUCAGAUAAAUAUGCAUUAUUUUCCAAGUAAUAUUUGGUUUUGAAGUAAGUAAAGCACACUGUAAACAUGCCAUGGUGCCAUAGUGAGAAGGGGCUUUUCUUAACGGUGAUUAAAGCUUAUUCUGUUCUGCCUUGAGGUGUUGUAGUAGCUGGAACAGCUAUAUUUAUAUAUUUUAGAAUGUAAUAUUUGGCACUACGCUCUCAGUGAAGGGGGGGGGGCACAUUAUAGACCCGUGCUGCCUCAGCAUUGACCUCCCUCAACUUCUCAGAGUGAACUGGAGAUGCAAGGAGAGAUGGGUAAUGUAGGCUGGAGCUUGUUUUGGAGUAAUCCUUCGAUGCCUGUUACUGCUUUAGGAUGUGGAAAGGAGAAUCAAGUGCACAUUUUUGUGUUGUUUUUUUUUCUUCUAAGUUGUGACUAAUAUUUCUGUUUUGAUGUUUUAUUUCUAAACUUGGAGUUUCCUUUUUGGGGGCAAAGUGCAAGACGGUUUUGUUCAGUGUUUGACUCAGGAAACUUGACUGGGCUUAAAUUUGAGGAUGGGCUCGAUCAACUCUGAGUGUUUUAACCAACUAAAGCUCUGUUUUCCACGAUGUGCUAACAGUUAGUAUUAAAGUGCCAGAUUGCAACCAACUAAAUAGCCCCGCCCGCAUGCGGUCCCAAAAAAGUUUUCCUCUAAAUGUUACAGUUCAAUUGUAGAAACCAGUUCAGUUCUGUCUGUUGGGUUACAUCACGAGAGAGAAUAGGAAGAUAAUUUCCAUCAUUUUGACAGGUGACCUUUGACCCUACGCCGUCAAUCAAACUAAUUUUUACAGGUGACAGAUGACUUUAUAUACGUUUUCUAUAGAAUUUGUAUAAAGCCAUUUGUCACCUGUCAAAUUAGCUUGAUUGGUGUAGGGUCAAAGGUCACCUGUCAAAAUGAAUUUGAUGCAAAGUAUAUUCCUAUUCUCUCUAUCAUGUCUGAUUAAAAAAAAAGUUAAUACAGAUCUUUGAAUCUUUCUUUGAGCUUCUAUGUGGAAUUCCUACUUUAGAUUCUCAUUUAUGAAGCAAAGAGGAAUUUCAUUCAUGUUUUCUCCCAUUUGAGUCCAUGUCUGAUUUUUAUUUAGGAUCACCACUUUCAUAUUUAUAUGGGACACUUCCUCCUGUGCUCCUAGAAAGCAAUAAUCCUUCAGAUUUCUGUGGCAUUUUGGUGGAAUACAACAAUGUAAAUCUAGAGGCCUAAACACUUAACUGUUUCUUUUUUAUUGACAUUUAAUGCUGACUUGAGGGGCUUAAAUGGCACCAUGUACAUUCAACAAAAAGUUUUCUACCAAAAUAAAAAUCAGUACAUUUAUAUGAUUCUUUAUUUUGCCCAACCAGAAGACUCUGUUGAAAGAUUUUUGCAGUUUUCUCAGUUUUUGGAAGAGGACCUGUUGUUAGUCUCGUUUUGCACCUAACCCUUAAGUGUAUCAACCAAGCCUACUACAUUUAAAUGCUUCUAUCUGUAUUCUUUAAAGUUCAAACUGUACUUUGUAUUAAACCUUUUUUUAAUCCAUGAUGGAAAAAAGCAGGUUUGUUGUAUUUAUAACUUUUGGCAUUCUGGAACUAAUGAAAUGCGAUUAAAGAUGUUUAUAUUUAUUA